UUUUAUGCGGUGCAUCAGCAGUACUUCCGAAAACAUGAAGCUGCUCACACACAACAUGUUGACGUCUCACGUGAAAGGGGUCAUCAAAGGAUACCCGCUGCUCAUUAAGGCCACUGAGGUGAAGGUGAACGAGGUGGAGUUCAAUCCUCAGUUUGUCUGUCGAAUGAUCCCCAAACUGGAGUGGUGCGCUCUGGUCCAGGCUGCAGAUCAGUUGGGUCAUAGACAAGACCUACCAGGUGAGCUGGUGCCAGACUACGAGAAAAACGAAGACUUCCUGAAGAAAGUUCACCGAGUUCUGAUGGAGGUGGAGGUGUUGGAGGGAUGUCUUCAGUGUCCUGAAUCGGGUCGAGAGUUUCCCAUCUCCAAAGGAAUCCCCAACAUGCUGCUGAAUGAAGACGAGGUCUAGCUGGUUCCUACACAAAAACUCUCACCCCGACCAGACUGUUUGUUUUCAAAAGAGGCAUUGUUGCCAUAAAGUAAUCUCUGCUUCAUUGUUUUUACGUUUUAAUUAAGGACUUUACGUUGCCCGAGGCUGGAAAUGACAAAAGGAAAAAUGCCCCAGCAGUAACCCCCACAGUGGUUUUAUCUGUAUUUAUUUUUGUAACUGAGCUUUUUCUUUCUGAAUAAAACCGCCCGAACUUUCCUGACAGAC